AUGCGUUUCUUCUCCACUGCCCUCGUCUCUGCCCUUGCGGCCCUGGCCUCUGCCUACACUCAGCCCGACUACUCUCAGAGCCCCACCGGCAAUGCCAUCCUCACCCCCGAACUGAACCAGAUUGUUCCUGCUGGCAAGCCCUUCGAGAUCACCUGGGACCCUACUACCUCGGGUAGCGUGUCUCUGGUCCUUCUCCGCGGCCCCAGCACCAACGUUGUCCCCCUCGAGACCAUCGUCGAAAACAUCGGCAACUCUGGCAGCUACUCUUGGACUCCCAGCACCACCCUCGAGCCUGACACCACCCACUACGGCAUCCUUCUCGUUGUUGAGGGCACUGGCCAGUACCAGUACUCCGUCCAAUUCGGCAUCUCCAACCCUGCCUACUCUUCUUCUUCCUCUGUUGCCGCUGCUACUAGCACCACUGCCGCCGCUGCUGUGAGCUCUGAUGCCUCCGAGACCAGCGUCAUCAUCAGCAAGAUCACCAGCACUAUCUGCCCUGAGACUGCCACCGCCACUGCCGACGUCAAGCCCACUUUCACCUCCGUCCCUGUUGUCGGUGGCAACAAGCCCUCCAGCUUCGUCGUUGCUCCCACUGCCUCCGGCUCUGCCAGCCUCAUCCGCAGCUCUGCCACUCCCUCCGGCACCCCUGCUGCCAGCAGCUCUUCCGUCUCCCCCGUCUUCACCGGUGCUGCUGACCGCAACGCCAUCAGCCUCGGCGCCGUCGCCGUCGGUGUCGCUGCCGUCCUUGCUUUCUAA